AACGGCGCGAAGGACGAUUUGAGCAUUGCGGUCGUUAUGUGGAACGCACCCUGCGUAGUGGAUCAGUGAAGUAAACAUUCAUUUGUGAAAAUGGUGUUGGGACGCUGUUGGUAGCCUGUAAUUAUAUUCUGAGAGAGAGAGAGAGAAUAAACACCCAUUCUGCCGCAUGGUUUAUAGUGCUUUUAACCUAACUGGAUGACAGGUUUGUGAAACGUCAGUUAUGCAUCGUCUCACAAAGAACAAAUGGAUACGGAAGUAAAAUUGUGUAAAUCUCUGCCACCGUUGGUUGAAGGCAAAGUUCACGGAAGUCUGAAGCUCCUUAUCGACAAAGUGUUCUGGACUAAAAAAAACCCUGGAGCUGUUAUAGUGGUGGCUUCCUGGUGGGGCGAGUACGACAGUGCACAAUUCAGACCAGUAGAUAGUACUACAGAUGCAGUAAAAAUAAAUAAAAAUUCAACCGAGAUAUAUGCUAUAAAGACUAAUGCAACACUUUUUGAGGAUUAUGUUAAGAACUGUGAAACAGUAGAAUUGGUGGUUAUUGUAGAAGAAACUCAUAAAGUUAUUGGAACAGCACAUAUAGGAGAAUUACUUAAGAUAUUUACACAUAAAUCAUAUUCUCAAUAUGUUCCAGUAUUAUGUGACGGUGGCAAUAAAGUAGGUGAAAUACAUGUUUCUUUAGAAUUAACAUAUUUGGCAAAGCUUCCAAAUAUGCAAUUGAAAACAUAUAAAUCUAGUAAGAAUCCAGAAAAUAGCCAUGAUUUAUUGUCUGCUGUUGAUAAUUUACAAAAUAUCAGAGAAAUGCCAUUAUCAUCUUACAAGGAUAUAGACAUUAAAAAGAAUACUAUAAAACCUAUAAAAGUUAAUACAUUCAAUACAUAUAAAUCUAUACUUAAAGAUAAGAGAUCAGAGUUUCAAGAAUCUAGGAAAAAUCUCAAUGAAAUGAUAACAAACAAGUUAGUUGCCCAGAUUGUUGCAAGAGCACAGCAACUUAGAGGAGCAAUAUUGAAAGAAACAUACAAUGAAGAUUCUUUAACCUUAAGUGACAGUUCAGUGAACAAUGAAUCAUAUCUAUACACUUCAGCAGAAAAUGAAGCCAAACUAUAUGAGUAUAUCUUGGGAAAUGAAAUGACUUCUAUACAAGAAAAUAAGGCUUUAGAUACAUUGAGAUUAACAUCUCCGACUCCAAGCUUGAUAGAUUUAGCAUCUAAAACAAUUACAGCUUAUAAAUAUGAUAAUAUAAAUACUAAACUAAAUAAAGGUUCUUCUAUCAAGUCAAAUAUUUCUACAGAAGAUACAUUAUAUAAGAAGACAACUUAUACCGAGUCAAAAGGGACAUAUCCUUUAGAUCAUAUAGACAGUAUAAGAAUUUUUAUUAAAUCCUUUACAUUGAAUUCUGCAGGUUACAGACGUGCAAAAUCCACAUGUUUGCAAUAUGGUACAUCGUUGUCAUUGAUAUAUUUUGCCCAAUAUGAUAUAACAUUUGGAACUGCAAAACGAACAAAUAUAAAAUCUAAUAAAGAAGUUAAAUUUAUAAGAACAUGCGCUAAAAAACAAGUGGGUCAAGUGAUUCACUUCAACUAUGAAGGUGUCUAUGGUAUAUCAAGACAUAUUAUAAAGAGAAAUUUUCCUUUGAAAUUUAAAAUAUUUGUCCGACAUUAUAAUCAAAAAUUACCAAUCGAAUUAGGAUGUGGCUCCAUGAAUAUUAAUGAUAUUAUGCAUACUACAAACUUAAGUAGUACUCAGCGUAUAACUAUUAGCAAUAAAGGCCUUAAAAUAGGCGAAUUAGAAGUGACAGCAGAAUUAGGCUGUGAUCGUUUCCAUUUUGGGAGAGAAUUUGUUGAUGCUGUAAUAUCUGCAAAAGAGAAUAUUCCUAGGCUGGAAGUAAAGCAUUUAACAAGCACAAAUAAUAACAAACAUAGGAAUGUAACAGGGACACAUUCUUCCAAGUCUAAUAGUAGAGUUUCGCCUGUUUCUGCCAAGAGAAUUGAGUGUUUAACUAGCGAUAACAAUAAGGACCUAGUUGCUGCAAAAGAUAUAGCGGAACACAGAGAACAAAGCUUAGAUAACAAGAAAGUUGACACAAGUAACCCAGAAACUAUUGUUAAUGAUAAGGUUUUACUUCACGGUUUAAUAUACGUUGCUGAAGGUAAAAAUCUGCCGGAAUUUAAUACCUAUCUGAUAUGCCGAGCAUUUUGGCGAGAAGAUAAAGCGACGAGUCAAAUUUGCAGUAAUACGAAAAAUCCCUUCUACCAUUUUUCUCAACUAGUACCUUUAAUUCACGGCACAGAGCUACUAGAAAGAAUCAAAGACAAUUACAUAAUCAUAGAAAUAUACAGUCGACAGAAUAACAAUAGGACGGAUAAUUUGUUGGGAAUAGCGAAAUUGCCUAUACAUCAACUAUAUAUCGCAUAUAGAGAUCCACUUAUUUUACCCCACUUGUUACUAUCGAAAUAUCCUGUAAUAAGUGUGGACGGUUGGGUUAAUAUUAACGAUUUAGUAAGUGGAAAAGUUUGUGGCGAACUGCUUGCACUGGUCGCGCUGGGCACUGCAGAACAAAUUGCAUUAUUAGAAGUAUCAAGAGGUCUAAGAAAUAUUAAUAUUAUUACGCAACAAAUAUCUAGCAGCCAGCAAUGCCGUAUUCCUGACAACACAAACUGUACAAGUGAACUAUACAAACUGAGCGGUCGACAGAACUCACAAUGUAACACUGAAGUGUCAAACAAUCCUGGGCAAUCCACUGGCGAUGAUAAUUAUACUAAUCACACUUAUGAUACGUCUGAUCGAAACUUGAUCAUUACUAAUUGUAAGAAUCAAGAAAUACAAACGGAUAUUUCAGUUCUUAAGGAUAGGAGAGUAUUAGAAUUCCCGUUUCAAGAAGAUCUAGUCUCAUAUGGAUCAGUUGCUAGUUCGGCAAAUGCAUGCGCAUUACGUACUAACAAAAUAACUAUAGAUCAGUCAGCUCAAACCGAAAUAGAGCAAGUAGAGGAACAAGAGAGAGACGAGGAAGAAAUAAAUAGAGAAGAAUUAUGCUUAAAUAGACUAAAUAGUAAUAUUCUGUCUGAUGAUAAUGAUAGUUGCAGCCCGAAAAAUAAUUUUCAAUUACCCACUGAAAUGUAUAGAAGUGUUGGUGUUGGUGCGGAGUACGACGAAUUAGAUCAACAGCAAACUAAUAUUUAUAACGAUCACUCGAAUUCAUUUGCAAUUGAAGAAAAUGCAAGAAAGGAUGAAUCGAAUAUUAAUAGUUCUUUCUUCCGAGCUGUUGUAGAUAUUGAAUGUGCUCUACAUUUGCCAAAGAUUGAAAGACUAAAUGAGUUAGUGGAACCAAGUACAUAUGUUACUUUCCAAGAUUUAACUUUUAAAUCUGAUUUUAGUGGUCAAUUGAAUUCGUACAUAAUUACAAAUAUUUAUCCACAUAAUUGUAAUCCAAAAUGGAAUUGGAGAUACGAUGCAAAGUUACCAACAGAAUUACUUUUGAAUAAUGAAAAGAGAUUGAUUUUUAAAGUAUGGUAUUUAAUUGAUUCAAAUACGACAGUAGUAAAUUUAGAAAAAGAUACAGUGAUUGGCUUUGCUGCUGUCGAUCUUUCGGUUCUAAUGGCUGGAUUUCCUACAAUAUCUGGAUGGUUCCAUAUCAUAGAUUUUAGUGGAAAAUGCAACGGACAAAUUAAAAUAAAUAUAACACCUUUAGAUAGUUUAUCAUCAUUAAAAAAAUUUGCGUCAAUUAGCGCUACUAAUUUAUCAGGAUAUACUAGCCAGGAUUUAUCACAUGCAAAGUGGUCGUAUCCGUUCAGUAUACUUUACAGCAAUGUAGAAGCGAAUAACGCACAACAAACAUUAUCACAUGCGAACCAUAAUCAAACCGAAUGCAUGCAAGAUAAUAGUAAACAGGACGAAUCUAUUUGCACAGCAAAUACUGAUCAUAAUUUAGAAAAUGUUUCUACGUCUAUUCUGUCAUUAUCUUUGAAGCAAAAAUUGGAUGAAUUAAACGAAAUCACAAAACGUUUGCAGUCACGCUUACGUGAUGUCACGAACACGGCUUUCGAAGAAGAUUUUGACAGUGAUUUUGAGAUCAAUGAGUCAAAUAGUGAAAAUGAAUAUACUGACAAUAGGAGUAUGGAGACUUUAGGAUCUGCAAUAGUUGCUACAUAUCCUCCUGAAACAUCACGAAUUCCUAAGCAAUGCAAAACUCAGAGCGAUCAAACCGGUGUGAUUAGCAAAAAACAGACUGCUUUUCUUGUUGAAAACAGUGAUAAUCUGCUUCUCGAGUCUAUAUCAAAUCAAAGUACGACUGUAAAUCCUGAAACGACCGAUACUGGAUAUUCUUCGAGUUCCAAUACAUAUUCUAGUCGAUAUCCCAAGCAUUAUCACUAUCAAGACCCAUAUGUUUUGACACAUAAUUAUUUAUCUGAUAACAAUGGGGAAUAUCCAGCACGAGGUACCAAAACGCAUAUAAGUCAUUUGCUCGAUAAACUUUCUUUGGACUUUCCACCUAAGCCACUCACAGGAGUAGAUGUACCAAUGAAAAGAGAUAUCAUAAAUCUAUUUACAAAAUUACGAGAACAUAGGAAUAAUUUGCAAGAUAAGAAAGAAAACAGUCGUAGUGUUAACACAUCUUCAGUGCCUACUCAGACCGAUAAUUUAAGUGCGCAGCAUGCUUAUCCUGGCGUAACAAGUCGGUGUACUUUUAAUAUGAGUGACGUGUGCACCAGCGAAAACGUUUUCAGACCGACCGAAGAAUUGCAAUCUCGUAGUAAAAUAUCGACGGUAAUACGGGAAGAAUUGGUUGCAGAAGAAAACGACGAUGCAGAAUGGGAUGAACUAACAACAUAUUUGAUAAGUACCAAUAUACGUUGUAGAAACUUAGACGGUAUGGUUCAUCCGCUUCUUUAUCAGCAUUUAGUACCGGACUUGCAAGUUACGUCCGCCGUGUCGCCAGAGGAAGAAGCAGUAGAGCAACUCGAUAAUCGAUAUGCGAGAAAUUUCAGCACGGUGAUGAACCGCAGUACAAUUGAUCGCCCAACGGAAAAUAAUGCUGUGUUUCUACUUAACACGCAAAUAAAAAGUCGAACGAACCUAUCAGAAUAUGAAGAAAAUAUAGAACUUCUCCGUGCAACGCCGUCGGGUGUAUCGGAAAAUAUCAAUGGUAACAUCGAUGUAACUGUUAUACAUAAAUGUAGCGACAAUGAUUUAACACCGAGUAACAGUACAGAAUCGACUAUCACUACUUCAUUUGACAAGUUAUCGGUACAACAAGUUGAUGUAGGAGCCGAAAAUUAUUGUUUCGCUAUACCAAAAUCGUCUGUUCCUGGAGUAUCGAGACAAGCGCCUGAUGGUGGCAAUCCUGUAGAAGAAGUUAAAACGGUAGCGAUGAAACGACAAGAUGACGAAGAUGAAAAUGUAAUUAGCGACCAGUUAAAACUGUCAGAUAUUUAAGGCAUUCGUAAGCUGGAACGUAUAAGUAAUCUUUUUUUAGGUACAUUUUUCAUAAUAUGAUAUACGAUCUGUUCUUUUUAGCCGAACUAGUUCAAGAAAUGUAUGACACUGAAGUGAGAAUCUCAUAUAUACGCUUCAUAUGCUUCAAUGUGUAUGUAACUUUCUUGAACUAGUGCAGCUAGUUCAGCCAAAAGGAACAAACAAAUAGUUACAUAUUCUUCGUAUAAUACGUAAUUACGCUAUAGAAAAUUCAAAUGAAUUAAUAUUUAGGUUCCUGAUUUUGCACUGGUGAUAUUGAAUUGAGAAAUUAUACAUGUGUGUGUGUGUAUGUGUGUGUGUGUGUACUUGCGCGCGCGUGUGUAUGUGUAUGUGUAUACAGGUGUAUACAGGCGAUAUAUCAGGAACCUUAAUGUUAAUGCAAAAUAUCUUGAAUAGUUUUUUACGGAAUCAUUUUGAUGUUUCGAAUAACAGCUCGUGCUAAUAUUUUCUCUCCUUUUUUUCUUUUUAGGGAUAUCUUAAUAUUUGCUUGCACAAUUCAACUAACAAGGGGUAUACUUAAACUAACUGGUUUGAAUAUUAUUUUCAUCGAAAGUAUAUAAUUUGUGAAUUGUUCUAACUUAGGACGUUUCCUAUUGACUGACAAGUAUACGUAAUUAUAUCUAGUAUAAAAUACAGAUGCCGUAUUAUUAUUGGAAAUACUUGAAUAACUAUAUUAUUUGAAAUAUUUACUAUACAGUAUGUGAAUAUUUUUAUAUAAUCUUUGUGUGUGUGUGUGUGUGUGUGUGUGUGUGUGUGUGUGUGUGUGUGUGUGUGUGUGUGUGUGUGUGUGUGUGGUCUAAAUGGACAUUAGUUUACGAAAAUGUAUUGUAUAUUUGUUGAGAAUAAAAUAAAUCAGAUAUA